AUGAUUAUGGAAAAUAUAACCACAAUGAGUGGGUUUCUCCUCAUGGGGUUUUCUGACACUCGUGAGCUACAGAUUUUACAUGCUUUGCUAUUCUUGAUGAUGUAUCUAUUGGCCUUGGCAGGUAAUAUCAUCAUUAUCACCAUCACCACAAUGGACCAGCGUCUCCAAUCCCCAAUGUAUUAUUUCUUAAAGCACCUUUCUCUUCUAGACUUCUCCUUCAUUUCUGUUACAGUUCCCCAGUCCAUUGACAACUCUCUGAUGGAUGAUGGCUAUAUUUCCCAUGGUCAGUGCAUACUCCAGGUUUUCUUCUUCACAUCUCUGGCUUGGGCUGAAGUGAUCAUUCUCACAGUGAUGUCUUAUGACCGCUAUGCAGCCAUCUGCUUCCCAUUACACUAUGAAGUCAUCAUGGAUCCCAGUAAAUGUAAGAGGGCUGUGAUAGCCGUAUGGAUAAAUGGAAGCAUUUCUGGGAUCUUGCACACAGCAGCCACAUUCUCUAUCACAUUCUGUAGAGCCAAAAUAAUCCACCAUUUCUUCUGUGACGUUCCCCAGUUACGAAAGCUGUCCUGCUCCAGUGACUACCUUGGAGUGGUUGGAGUGGACACUUUCAUGGCUAUGAUGGCAUUCAUCUGCUUCACCUCCAUUGUCCUCUCCUACAUCCACAUCUUCUCCACAGUUCUAAGAAUACCUUCUACUGAAGGCCGAUCCAAGGCCUUUUCUACCUGCCUGCCCCACCUCUUUGUUGUCUCAUUUUUUUUCUCCACAGGUAUCUUUGAAUUUCUAAAACCAAAUUCAGAUUCUCCAACUUUUUUUGACCUCAUGAUUUCUAUCUUUUAUACAGUAAUGCCUCCAACACUCAACCCCAUUAUCUACAGCCUGAGGAAUGAGGCCAUGAAGGAAGCUUUCAGAAAGUUACUGUUGGGUGGAGAAUUCACUAAGAAAAAAACAUUUUUAUCCUAUUAUUGA